AUGAAGUCCAGUGCGGUUUCCCUAGUGAUUGUCGCCGAGCGUGUUCCUUCUCCCCGCUGCGUUCCGCGUUCCGCGCGACUCUGGCUCAUGGCCCUCCGCGUCCACCCCGCCUUGCCCCCGGGAACGCGCCCCUUGGCGAGUGUUACAGUAACGAGCAAACGUAAUAGUGUCUGCAACACGCUUCGGUCUCUUCCGCUCACCUGUGUCAUGCGGUGUAGAGAGCGCCACCAGCGCCCACAGGCGCCCAGUGGCGGUCUCAAGUGUUGCAGCGUUGAUCUUUCCCCACACCCUCCCCUUUCAGUGUUUGCAACACGGUCAGGCCUUUUCCGCUCGCCAGUAUGCGGGGGGGUAGAGAGCGCAACGAGCGCCCACGGGCUGGCAGCACCCGCUGUAGGCGCAGGCGCAUGGACUCCCUCCAUUUACAUCCCCUCAUUUCACUGCCAUUCCCCCCUCUUCGUACUACUCCAACCGCUUCAAUGCUUCCUCCCCAAGUGCUCUGCAGUGCCCCUUCUCUCUCCUGCCCUCCAACCAGCUCCCCUAGACAACUCCCACCUCCUUCACCACCUGCACUUUUCCAACUGCUCCACAGUUCUGCCCUCGUGCCCGUGCACUCGGCUCUUCCCUCUCGCUCACAGCUCACCUCGCAAGGUUGACUGCCACGUGUACCCGUGCCCCCCACUGUGCGUGUGCCCCCACGUGUCCCGGGAGCAGGUGAGCAAGGCGGCCAAGGGUGGAGAGGCCCCAUCGCCGCCAUCCAAUGCUUCGAUGCCCCCGUCAGCUCUUACCACCCCUCAAACCGCAUGUGCUCCAAAGAUCCCUGCCACGCCUUCACCUUCCCCCUUUUUCCUCUCUCUCUCUCUUCCUCUCCCCUCCACGUCGCCAUGCCGCCCCACCACGCAGGUGAGGGAGGCGCCACGUCUCUCCGCGCCUUCUAGCCGCAUUCGUGCACCGUGUGCGACGGCCUACCAGCCAGACCGCGUCAAAGACGGCAUCUUUGGCGCCAUCAUGGAGGUGAGCGCGGGUGGUAGGAGGCGAAUGGUGAGGGGAGGUGUCGGGGAGUGUAGGGAUGAGCACGAUGUGGUGCACGUCGCCAACAGCGGCCCCGUCACUCCCUUCCUCCACUCGCGCAAGCAGUCAGGCACAGAGGGCAACGGGCACAGUGCGGGGAACUAG